AUGGUCGAAUUGCCUGCCCGAUAUUCCAGGAAGGGCAGGUGUCAGCUCCUGGCGGCUCCUCAGUUAGAAAAGGGACGAGAGCACAGGGACAGAUCAGAGGACUAUGUGUGCACCGGGAACCUGGAGGCUGACUUCAUUGAAAUUUGCACCCGUCUGGAGCUCAUGGAGAUGCCGAUUGUAACACUGAGACAUCAAGGAAUCUCAGCCAGUGGACAGUUCGAUGAGAUGGAAUCUCUCACAGCUUCAGAUGUUUCCUCAGCUCCCCCGACCAAGGAUCAGAUCUCCUUCUUCAGACCCAGUGUGCAGAUCGAGCUGGAGAAUGAUGACCCCAAGCUGGUGAAGGCUGUUUAUAUCAGAGGCUGGAUGAUUGACCAGAGAUACAUUUUCAUCUUCCAUAAGUGCUUGCCUGCCCUCAGCAAUCUGCAUACAAUCAACCUCUGGAACGUGGGUCUCACAGAAGCCACCUUCACUGCAUUCCUUGCUGUUCUGCAUCAGUGCUAUACCCUCAAGACUGUAGUACUGGAUGGGAAUCCGAUUGCAGGACACCCCUAUCAUCUGCUGCUGAGUGAAGACAGCUCAUUCCAACAUAUAACUUUGAGGAACAACAAGAUAGAUGAUGCAGGGACAAAGCUGAUUGCAGAGGCACUCUCUACCAUUAAAAAAUCAAACAAAACUGUCAUAUCGUUGAAUCUCAGCUUCAAUCACAUCACCGAUAUCGGAGCAGGGUACAUUGCAAAUGCACUCCGUUUGAACCGGACUCUCCUGUGGCUCUCCCUGGCCUACAAUCAAAUCGGAGAUGGCGGAGCAACCAAACUAGCGGAGGUUCUCGCUCCGUUUGCACUAAACCACAAGGAGGUGGUGGAGAGGAGGGUCCUUCUACUCGAGGCUCAGGGGCGACGGAAAUCGCCUCCCUCAGCCCGGCGCCCUGACUCUAAGAGUGAUCGCAGCACCAGCCAGAUGGGCAGUGUCACCAACAUUGAGAAGUCGAAAACUGGCCGGACUACCUCCAAGAAAAGGAAUGUCCCAGAGCACCUCGCAGCCGCAGAAAGACCUUUGAAACGCUGCCGGUGUUUUCAUUUCGCAACUCCGACAUCCCCAUUGGCGCACAGUGUGAUCCCAGGCACGGCCGUGUGA